AACAAUAAUCAGGGAAAAGCGCUAAAUCGUGUACACAAUAGUCAGAAUGAGGAACCCCCACUACCCUUGUCUAUAUGCAAAACUUACCUAACAAACAACUGAUCCCUAGUCUUCACGCUUUUUGGCGGCGGGUUGUUAUGCACCUUAAACCAGCGGGCCAGAAAAGAAAUCUAUACAGAUCCCCUGACUAGAAUCCCACGAACGUGCUCCCGAGAUAACUGUAAACAGUUAACACGAACCACCUAGAAGCAACACUACAAAGACAACGACCAGAUGAAGUCCAAAGGAGCCACACCUCUAUCGCCUAUCAGGGGACCAAAGCUGCAAACAGGUGCACACAAUCAACACUCAACACACUAUUUACAGAAGAGAAAAAUAAAAUAAAAAAUUAAAUUAAUGAAGCGCCAUCCAAAAAUCACAAAAUAACUCCCAGCCGUGUCUCGACCCAACAGUGGACAUUUAAACAGAGAAGAAAAAAAUCCAGAAACCAAAAUCGAACCAAAAACAACAAACUAUUCAAGUGCAACCGGGUUCAACUAAUGACGAGCCCCCAUUUUGUUACGACCCGGCUCAGCCGUAACAAAAGCCAGGGAGACACGGCCUUCAAUAAAAAAAUACGCGAGGACUUCCGGUCAUGUCCAAUUUUCUUCUAAAUACUAAACAAUCUGUAUUUAUUUUAUUUUUUUUGCUUCUUGCCUCUUUAGUUAACUGUACUAGUUAUCGCUGACCAGAUGGCACCAAAGAACACAAAACCAAACUCUAAAAAGGUUUUAAUAACGUCUAUGUUGAGCCCAGCGCAACAGUCAAGGAGUAGCAGGCUAGCUAGCACUAGCACGGCCUACAGCGACGGGGCAGCUUCUCCCCCAGUUGGCAGUGACUCUUCGGAUAUGCCUCUCGUCAACAACGAAUCCGCAGUCACAGAUGGAAAUGGUCUGGCUGCCAUCGAAGCAGGCAGCACCAAUGACCUCGUGGCGGCUAUUAAGUCGAUGAAAGAUGACUUUGGGAAGACAUUUGAUAGCCUGCUGACGGCUAUCCAGGGGGUGCAAUCGGAUAUAAGAAUUGCUGCCGCUCAAGCGGAGGACAGAAUCAGCGCUAACGAGGAUUCUGUUGCUUCCCUGCAAGUCGAUAACACUGCUACGAAAACUACCAUUGAAGCUCUGCAACUAAGAUAGACGACCUGGAAAAUCGUCGUCGCCGUUCCAACCUCCGUCUUAUCGGUCUCCCUGAGGGGACUGAAGGUUCUGACAUGUGUGCAUUUUUGGAGAAAUGGCUGCCUGAAGUGCUGAGAAGGACCUCGCUGCAGCAAACAGAAAGGGGCGGGGACGGACUUUUCCGUUAGUCCCAUACCUUAUGUGGAAAUGGGACUAUUGCAUUCCGGAAAUGAAGGGGGCGCUGUUUUCAUAAUCACUAGUAUAAAUACCUUAAAGACGCGGGGUUAAGAGGAAACGAAGAAGAAAGAAAGAAGUUUAAGAGGUUCUUCCACUGGUGUUCGGCACACGAUCAACAAAACCCACAAAGUCAAGAAAAGAUCCACCUAUCCAUUUGCAUCAUUUGGAACGGAGAGGAGAUUCUCCCGUAUUGCAUGAACAAUAAAUAGAAGUCUGUCUUCAGAUGUCAUCUGGACCUGGAAAAAAUCUGUUCUGUAAUGAUGUUAAGGUGAGAUGUUCUGAUGGGACACUUGUGGUUCUUUAGAGCUACCAGACUGCUUAUUUCCAACCAUUCCUGCUUUAAAUGUUUAUAAUCAACACUGUGGGUAAGGCUGUUGUCCUUUACCUCAAUUUAAUUGUUAUAAUAAUGACACAUUAAUUUUCUUCCCCCUUCUUGAAUUUUCUCUUAAACACCACAGGGAUUGUCUGAACAAGGACCGUCCAGCAACUGUUUUAAUGUUUGUAGUCAUGGUAACAUCCGCUUCCACCCACCAUAUUGUUGUAUGGUCUUUAUAGAUGUAAUAAUCACAUUUUUCUCAACAGUGUACACUGUACUUUGUAAUUCGGAGCAUCGUGUGAUUUCAGUGAGGAUGAUAUGAUGACAAUACGAAGAUGGUGGUGUCUCUCUCUUGAGAAACUUCCCUGUGAGGUCCAGAGAAGAACAACAAAAGGAGAGAGAGCAGAAAAAAGUUGGUGAGAGGCAAAAUGUGAGAUUAUAAUCGGAGACGGCGGCCCUAUGGAAGAUGCCAUCACAGCAGUGAAGGAUGAAAGGUGGAAACGAAUUCGCGCCACAAUAUCUCCAUGUUUCACCAGUGGAAGACUUAAGCAGGUUUUCCCUUUGGUUGUUAAAUUUGCAGACAGAUUCAUGCAAAAACUUGGACAAACGGAUUUGAACGAGUCCAUUAAUGUCAAGCAACUGGUUGCACCGUUCAGUUUGGACGUGGUGACCAGCGCUUCCUUCAGCGUGGAGAUCGACUCCAUCAACAACCCCAAGGACCCAGUUCAUACUCAAAUGCAGAAGAUCAUGAACUUCAGGUUUUGGCCUUUUCUCUUUAUGGCUGUGUUUCCCUUUGGUCGUCACCUGCUGAAACUCUUCAAAGUCGAGCUCAUGCCCAAGUCCAGCGUGGACUUUUUCUACGACAUCAUUAAGAGAUUUAAAGACCAGCACAUCACAGAGGAUUCGACUCAGGGAGACUUCCUGCAGGUGAUGAUCCGGAGUGAGAUCCCAGAAUCCGACAUAAAGAGCGAACAUGAGCAACCCAGUAAAGGUUUGACUGAGCACGAGAUUCUUUCCCAGGCUCUGACGUUCAUCUUCGGUGGCUACAAGACGACCAGCACCACUCUGUCUUACACCCUUUACAAUCUGGCCACAAAUCCUGAUGUCAUGCGGACACUGCAAAAAGAAAUCGACGGCCGAAUAAAGAAAAAUGCUCCCAUUUCCUACGAGGACCUGAACAGUCUGGAGUACCUGGACCAGGUGUUUUGUGAGUCGCAGCGGAUGAUUCCCACCGCGCCUCGACUUGAGAGGACAUGCAAAAAAACGAUGCAGCUUAACGGUGUCACCAUCCCAGAGAUUCCAGUGCAUUUGUUGCACAUGGACCCACGGUACUGGAGCUCGCCCGAAAGCUUCAAACCAGAGAGGUUUAGUAAGGAGAAUGAGAAGGAUCUGAACCCGUACGCUUACAUGCCGUUCGGACUCGGCCCUCGGAACUGUGUCGGGAUGCGAUACGCGAUCCUCGUCAUGAAGAUGCUCAUCGUUCGCAUCCUGCAGAAUUAUUCUCUGGAAACGUGCAGAGACACCCUGGUCCCAAUUCAGUUUGACUGGAAGUUCCAACCAAUCAAGCCUGUGAAGCUGAAGUUUGUUCCCAGAGAACUAUAAUUCUAAUUACUUCAAACCUCUGGCCUUCUCGUCAAAUAUAAUUUAUUUUUGAUGGGCCUGUAGGAUUAUUCUUCCUGUGCAAAGUUCUGUACUGUUUAACACUGAUCAAUUUGAAUGUGUAAUUAUUUCAAUUUAUUCUUAUAUUGUCUUUAGUCCCUAUUUUUACCUGACAUCAACAAUAAACAGAUUGUUUACCUGCA